GGAUUUAAGAAAUGGCAUCACUAGCUUUCGCUAAAACCUUUAAUAGAAAAACCUUUUCUCUAGCAAGAACACUCUCUCCGAUCACUUCUAGACUCUAAAUUAGAUCAUCAAUGUGUACCUCUGUAACCCCUGAUUUCAAGAAAGUUCAGAUUCAGCGAGACGACCUUAGCUUUGACGCAUAUGUUGUUGGCAAAGAAAAUGCUCCUGGGAUAGUGGUACUACAAGAAUGGUGGGGUGUUGAUUUUGAGAUCAAGAACCAUGCUAUUAAAAUUUCCCAGUUGGGUUCGGGUUAUAAAGCACUCAUUCCGGACUUAUAUCGUGGAAAGGUUGGUGUUGAUGCUGCAGAAGCUCAGCAUUUGAUGGAUGGUCUUGACUGGCAAGGUGCUGUUAAGGAUAUCAGUGCCUCAGUUAACUGGCUCAAGGCAAAUGGUUCAAAGAAGGUAGGCGUGACAGGAUAUUGCAUGGGCGGAGCUCUCUCCAUUGCGAGUGGUGUUUUGAUUCCUGAAGUUGACGCUGUUGUUGCGUUUUAUGGUGUCCCUCCACAAGAGCUUGCAGACCCUACCCAGACCAGGGCACCUGUGCAGGCACAUUUUGGUGAACUUGAUAACUUUGUUGGCUUUUCAGACAUCACGGCAGCAAAAGCACUGGAAGAGAAACUAAAAUCAUCUGGCUUGCCUCAUGAAGUACACAUUUAUCCAGGCAGUGGACAUGCUUUUAUGAACAGAUCCGCUGAAGGUAUCAAGAGGAGGAAGGAAAUGGGUUUGAACGAUGAGGAUGAAGCAGCGGUAGAUCUCGCCUGGUCUCGUUUCGAUUCAUGGAUGAGCCAAUACUUGUCUGUAUGAGUUUGAAAGCAGUGUUCAUGUUUUAUUCUUGGAUCUAGUCCUCAUACUCUACUAUUUCUCUGGAAGUAUUUGAGCUAGUACUCGCAGUCUCGCACGCACCUAAUAAACCUUUAGCCUUUGGUGAUUGAACUUUUUUUUUCCCUGUUGCU